CGCUAUAAACAACUGGAGCAGCAGACAAGUUCAAGUCGCCAGCUAGUGUGUGUUUGUCUUCCACCAAGUCAACUCUGCUUCCAGCAAUGGCCCUGCUGAAAUCCACCAAGAUUUUGACUGGUGUCGGGGCUCAGGCCCCUGUUUUAGCCGUCCUACAACUCCGUGCAAGCUCAUGGUGGACUGAGGUACAGAUGGGACCCCCUGAUCCCAUCCUGGGUGUCACAGAGGCGUUCAAGCGUGACACCAACCCCAAGAAGAUGAACCUCGGAGUAGGAGCUUAUAGAGACGAUCAGGGCAAGCCGUUUGUUCUCAGCUGUGUCCGAAAGGCUGAGGCCCAGAUUGCUGCUAAGAAGUUGGAUAAAGAGUACCUUCCUAUUGGAGGGAUGGCAGAAUUUUCAAAGGCCUGCGCUCAGCUGGCUCUUGGACCUGAUAAUGAGGUCUUAAAGAGUGGAAGAAGCAUCACCGUUCAGACGAUCUCUGGAACUGGAUCUCUUCGUGUUGGUGCUAACUUUGUGUCACGAUUCCACAAUGUGUCCCGGGAUGUGUACCUGCCUAAACCAUCCUGGGGUAACCACACCCCUAUCUUCAGAGAUGCAGGCAUGCAGCUUAUGGCAUACUCCUACUAUGACCCCAAAACCUGUGGCUUUGAUUUUAAAGGAGCCUUGGAUGAUAUUUCAAAAAUCCCUGAGAAGAGUGUGAUUGUUCUGCACGCGUGCGCUCAUAAUCCCACAGGAGUGGACCCAAAGCCCGAGCAGUGGAAGGAGAUGGCUGCUCUGAUCAAGAAAAGAAAUCUCCUGGUGUUCUUUGACAUGGCUUACCAGGGAUUUGCCAGUGGUGACAUUGAUCGUGAUGCCUGGGCUGUGCGUUAUUUCAUUGAGCAGGGGCACAACGUUCUUCUGUCCCAGUCUUUUGCUAAGAACAUGGGCCUGUAUGGUGAGCGUGUAGGGGGCUUCACGGUGGUCUGUAAAGAUGCUGAAGAGGCAAAGCGUGUGGAAUCCCAGCUGAAAAUUCUCAUACGGCCCAUCUACUCCAAUCCCCCGAUGAAUGGAGCUCGUAUCGCCUCCACCAUUCUCAGUACGCCUGAACUCUACAAAGAAUGGCUUGUGGAGGUGAAAGGCAUGGCCGAUCGCAUCAUUAAGAUGAGGGAGAUGCUUGUGUCGAACCUGAAGAAGGAGGGCUCCACUCAAAACUGGCAGCAUGUCACUGACCAGAUUGGAAUGUUCUGCUUCACAGGGCUCAAACCAGAGCAGGUGGAGCGUCUGAUUAAAGAAUUCUCUAUAUACAUGACAAAAGAUGGACGGAUCUCUGUGGCUGGUGUGACGUCUGCAAACGUGGGAUAUCUAGCACAUGCCAUCCACGCUGUUACCAAGUGAAGCUGCCACUAGGGACUAAAGUUGUAGCAGACCGAAAGCAAGAAAAAGUAAUUAAGAUGAUUCAGAAGUCCUCUGCUGCAUGUCUUUUAGGACCAGAUAUGGAUUAGGACUAAUGUAGAUUUCCAGUUCACUUGAUUUGGUGUUAAUUCAUGCCUCUGAAUGAAGAGCCCCUCAGUGAAUUAAGUGACAUGAAAUGUAAUUAAAUUCUUUCUUUCAAAAUGAUAAAAACAUGGUACAAAAUGUUUUGAUAGAUCAGUUAGCAAAAUGUAAAAAUCAUGUUUUUGUUUUCAGAACAAUAACUCUAAAUAAGAGUAUUGAAUAACUGAAUGAUUACCCUAUAUGCUUUACAUUAGAGAAAUCACUGAAAAGGAGUAAACCAGAUUUCAUGGUUGGAUAUUAAUUGCAAAAUCCUUCAAGGACUGUAACCAGUUUAUCAUCGUCAUUUAACCUAGAGGUGCAUAAACGAUUAAACUUAUCAAAAUUAUGAUUUGACACCAAAGGUCUUUAAGCAGUAGCACAUUCUUUGACAUGUUUGACUUAUUAUUAUCAAUUACCACUUAUUCUAGUACUUAGCUACUGAAAGCUUACUACUAGUGAUGAAGAAUUGCCCAUAGUGUUAGUGUCAAUUAUUUCCCAAAUAUGAAAAGUAAAUCAUUUAAUAAAUUAUUAGGCAUUAACACAAAUUAUUUAUUUAUUUUUUUUAUCCUGGCCAUUAAACCUAAUCUGUCAAUGCAUCUGUGGAAAGUCGAAUCAAGAAACUGAAAAAAAUAGAAACUGAACACAUCACUAUAACUAAUAUUUCAGUGGUUAAUUGAUGCUUUAAAGGAAAGCUUUGCGUGUUUAACGUGUGUGGAUGUGAAUAUGCAGUUUGUAAGGAUUUAUUCGGUUUUGAAAAACUGUUCACUAAUUGUUCACUGGUGUAACUAAUUAUUUUGUUUCUAAUGCAAACUGAGCAAUUCAUGAAAUUUCUCCAGAAGUUCUCCGCAACAGACAUCGAAAUUAAAUGUCACGAGUGGUGGCCUACUGUAUGACUGUGUUUAAACAAUGAAUAAAAGAAUAAAAGGUGGGCUCAAUGAAAA